AUGUGUGACAGUGAUCUGCAACCGACACCAGUCGCUGGUCAAAGCCUCAAAUCAGAUCAGCAGAUUGCAAUUGAUAGAUACUUAACAACACAUAACUGCUUGUUGUACACCAACACAUUUGUUUUUCCCUUGGCUCUUUUGCUGCUGGAGUCUAAUGCAAUGCAUAGCUGUCUGUCAUCACCAUAUUUUGACAGUGAAGACCGCAGUGUGUCCGAUCCUUUCUCUCCUGUUAUCCCAGGAAUUCUGAUCUCCAUACAGCGCUGUGGGAAUUCUACGGUUCAACUCACUGUGCUAUGUAUGUCUGCAAGCCUUAACUGA